AUGACGCCUGCAACUGUUCAACAAAAUCGCAAGUACCCAGAGAAACGCAAGUCCUUCGCUUUUUUUGUACCACGUGGAAGGCCUUCUGCGCAACACUUGUACGCCGCGGCUGCUCAUUAUGUGAUCCAGGUACCUCCUACUAGUCCUGCUAUUAGUUGCGUACUUGCUGCUGCUCUGGAGACUUCAAGCGGUCAGCCCAGCCGACCUGGACCGAGACAAUCACAGCAUCCGCGCCCUUCGAGAGCUUGUUUUGAGUGUGGCGACACUCGCUGUAUCGUGAGGGAUUGCCCAAGUCUUAGGAGGGGUGCACCUCCAAAGACUUCUCAGCUCAAACAAAAACUUAAUCUAGUCAAUGGCGUUAUCUUCACUGGAGGACGGGUCAAGGAUGGUCUCUACUUUGAGGUUGUCAAAGGAAUAUUCCAGAAAGUCUUGGAGAAGAAUGAUGCGGGUGAGCAUUUCCCUCUUCUUGCCAUCUGCUUGGGUUUUGAACUUUUAACAAUGAUCAUCUCCAAGGACAAUAACAUUCUUGAGGAAUUCAGUGCAGCCAAUCAAGCCUCUACAGUACAAUUCGUGGAAAAUGUAAAAUUGGAAAGAACAGUGUUUGGAAGGUUCCCCUCUGUGUUGAUAAAGAAGAUGAGUACAGAUUGCCUUGUGAUGCAAAAUCAUCAUUUUGGCAUAUCACCAGAAAGGCUUCAAGCAAAUAAAGAUUUAUGUAGUUUUUUCAGGAUAUUGACGACUAGUACAGAUAAGAAGAACAAGGUCUAUGUCUCCACUGCUCAAGCACGACGCUAUCCCGUAACUGCUCUCCAGUGGCACCCUGAGAAAAAUGUUUUUGAAUGGCGCUCAUCACAGAUUCCACAUACCGAGGAUGCAAUUCAAGUAACUCAACAUGUUGCCAACUAUUUCGUCAGUGAAGCAAGAAAAUCUUCUAACAAGCCAGCGCCUAGCAAAUUGCUUGACAACCUCAUCUACAAUUAUAGUCCCUCUUUUGCUGGGAAAGCUGGGGGUAGUUUUGAUGAGGUCUACCUCUUCUCUCCGCGUCCCACCUUGAGCUCUCUGUAAAUGCCAGUGAACUGCAAAAGUAUUGAAUGUUCUAAGCUUAUACAUGAGAAAGAUGCCAUGCGAAUGUUGUUCACGGUUCGGUCUGGUCUUCAAUCUCCAGUUAUCCAGCAACUCCGACAAGCGAAUUGCUUUAUACCACUUGUAUUAUGAUUGUUUAUAAUUCCUCUGCCCAAAUAGGUUCCAAACAUGGCUGAGGCAAUGAUGUUUGUAUGUCACCAGAAAGAGCAUACAGUUAUGUAUUUCGCCUCUCCCUAUACUAAGGGGCUCAUCUGCAUACAUACAUGACAAGAAAAGAAAAGAAUUACUCUUCAUUUUAUGUGGCAUGUUGAAGUCAGUGUAAAAAAAGUUUUAGACUAUCAAGUCAAUCUAAAGAAUACUUACAGAUAAGUCUCUAUA